GGACGGCAUCGCCCGACGUCGACGAUGGCGGACGCCCCCUUGUACCUCAAAGCGAUCCUCGCGCCGAUGAACGCGGUCUCGCUCCUCGUCGGCGUCAAGCAGGUCGCGCUCCUCCCCGGCGCGAUCUUCCCGCUCCUCGCGAGCGUGGAUCCCGACGGCGUCUUCGGCGCGUGCGGCGGGAAAGUCUGCGCCAAGUCGUGCGUCACCGCGCCGUUCGUCUUCCAGAUCAUAGGGUGCCUUCUCGUGAUGACCUCGAUCGCGAAGCUCGUGUGCGCGUUCGGGAAGCAGACCGAGCGCGGCGGCGCGUCGUUCAUGCCGCUCACGCUGGGAAUGGUGGACGGACUCGUCGCGCACGUGUGCGCGAGGUUCGCGGAGACGGGCACGGGAGGCGCGAUCUUCGCGAAAAACUCGAAGACGUUUGGAAACUACUUCGCCGUCUCCGCGUGCGCGCUCAUCGUGCUCGCGUUCGUCAAGGGCAGACCGGAGUCGCAGCUCGCGGAGAUUCCGGGGACGCACGCGCACGAGAAGAAGUACGGGACGCGGAAGAAGAGCGACUAGGGCGGCGGCGGCGGCGGCAGCGAUGACCUAUUUUUUCACGAUUUAUUUUUUCUC